AUGUCCAACACCCUCACGCACAUGAUGUAUACUCAAGCUGACGCCGCCUCCAUCGCCCGUCUUUCCCUUCACGAUCCUGUCCAAUUCGCCGUCCAGGAAGCCCAGAUACUUCAUCGCCUGGCGCUCCUGCAGGCGUGGAACAUCCGCGCCGGAUUGAAGAUAUUAGAACUAGGAUGUGCCCUCUGUACCCUGGGUCAAGCACAGCAUCAUCUCUCGCAGGGCCUUUUGAGCAGGCAGAUUACGUGGGUCCAACAAUCGCCUCUAGACUACCUCUGUUCACUCUCCUCGCCACUUGACACCCAAGGCAAUACCUUUGAUGCGACGGUGCUCGCCCAUUCCCUAUGGUAUGUUGCCUCCCCCUCCCUCAUCCUUUCCACUUUCCGCGCCAUCAAGCAGCAUAGCAAACGUCUCCUCCUGGCCGAGUGGUCGCUGUUCGCGACGCAGCCAUCGGCACGGCCCUGCAUAUUGGCUGCUCUCACUCAGGCAUCGCUAGAAUGCCGGAAGGAGAGCAGCGCGUCAAACGUCCAUACCGUGCUGGAACCAAAGCGUCUUACCGAGCUGGCUCUGGCGGCCGGCUGGCAGCUGGAAAAGGAGACUCUCGUAGAGCCCGGGAACGGCCUGCUCGACGGACGAUGA